AUGUCUCAAAGUAAAUAUAUUAAUCUUCCAGAUAUUGACACACAACCAGACGUUUAUGAAUCUCCUGAUACACCCGAAGAAAAUGACACUGUAGACGGUGGGAAUUACCUUGACCUUGAAGAACCAAAUGAAAAUAUUGUCAAAGAAAAAAUUUCUGUGGGUGAAGCUGUUGAUAAGUUUAAAGACACUCGCCGUAAAAAAAACAUGUACAAAGUUUAUGUUAAACGUCCUGUUUUAGAUACAAAUGAAUAUGAAUACAUCUCUAAGGAACCAACAUUGCAAGAAACUUCUGUACAAAAAUUGAGAAGAUUGAUUUUUGAAGCUCAAGAGCUUGAAGAAGAAUUGGAAAAAGAUAAGGAUGACGAAUCAAAACCUAAAAAACCUCUUCACAGUGCUAUGGUUGAACAAUUAUCCAGUUUACAGAAGGAUCUUAGUCGAUUAUCUCAAAAUAUAGAUAAAGAUGCAUCAACUGCAACUGAAACUAAUGGCCACAAUCUAGAUGAUGCAAUUACAAAAAAUACCGCAAGAGUUCAUACUUUAGCCAAGACAGUUGAACUUGAUGAUCGUAUUGCUGCUUUAGAAAAACUUGUUGGUACAGCUCAUGGACAAAAUUUUGAAGAUCUUUCAAUCUCUAUAACAAAUACUAAUUUAAUUGCUGCCAUUGAUAAACUUGAUCAACAUAUGCAAAUAUUGGCACAACCACGUCAUUUGGAAUCUAUUUCCAGAAAAGCUAAGACUUUGGUUGGUGAACUGGAGAAAGUUAAUGAAUUGAAGAAUAAAGAACUUUCAAAUGUAGAUCCUCUUAUGUCAAUUGCACCAGCUUUGGUUAAUCGUUUGAAAUCUUUACAACAAUUACAUCAAGAAGCUUCAGUAUUCAGUGAAACAAUUAAAAUGUUAACCAGUGAACAAAAUAAGAUCAGUGAAGAAUUGAAGAGUUUAGAUGGUGUUGCAGAAAAGCUUGAGAAAUCAUUUGAAAUAAAUGAUAAAGCAAUUCAACAAAACAUUGAUGUUGUUGAUUCACGUGUCACAGACUUGGCUGGGCGAUUAGAUAAAUUGUUGGUCAAUUUCAAAUAA